AUGGAUCAACGUACGCGUUAUAUUAACGCAAUCGACGCUAAAAAAUAUCCCUGUGGAUCGUGCACGAGUGUUUUUCGUCACAAGAACAGUCUCAUGACUCAUUUGCGUUACGAGUGUCAACAACCACCACGAUUCAAAUGUCCAUAUUGUCAAUUUAUCAGUAAGAAAACAUCAAACGUACAGCAGCAUAUUCGACGAAAACAUGAGGAUUCCAGAGACGGAGAAUAUUGGUGCCUAAAGUGUAAUGUUCAGUAUCCAGGGAAGCGAAGUUUGAAAGAACAUUUGGCCGUUUUUUGCAAUCGACCACCACGUUUUCAGUGUCCUUAUUGUAAUGUUUGCAUGAAGCAGAGAUCGAACGUUUACAAACAUAUCCGAAGAAAACACAAGGGAAACACUAUUUAUGUGAUUGACUUGAAAGUUCCAAAUUACUUCAUGAUAAGAAGCAAUAGAAAAAAAAAAUAUGUUUGCGCCGAAUGUAAUAAGGCUUACGUGAACGAUAGGGAUUUACGAAGACAUCAAAAAUAUGUUUGCGGUGAUUGGACGAGUUCUCCGAGGAACGACUCACUGAAGAAACAAAGUCACACGUCUGAAAAACCAGAUCGGCAAUUUUUUUACAGAUGCAAUCAGUGUAAUAAAAGUUAUCAACAUCAACGAACACUUUCCCGUCAUUUAAAACAUGAGUGUGGAAAAACUGCCCGAUUUCGUUGUCCCUAUUGCACACACUGUACGAAGCAAAGAGGAAAUUUAUAUCAACACAUACGUUCGAGUCAUCCGGGACAAAAUAUUUAUUGUAUCGAUGCAUUCUCUGAUUGGAGACAAUACAGCUAUCAUCAACAGAAAAUGUAUUCAUGUCCCCGGUGCGGAAGGAGUUAUAAAAUAAAGCAAUCAUUACGCAGACAUUUAAAAGUCGAAUGUGGUCGAGAACCGUCUCAAAAAUGUCCGUUUUGCCCUCAUUAUUCCAAAUAUAAAGCGAGCAUUUUAAAACAUGUAAAAUUAAUUCAUCCCGAUAUGCCUUCAAUUAGAUAG